AUGUUGUCCCAGUCUCAAGCCGACUACUACACCUGUGCAGCUAUGCCUUACCCCAUUUACACAUCGACGGGCGCCUUUUACUCCGAGACGCCAUCUCCUUCAUCUUCUACUAGCAGCCAAUACAGCGAGAGUCCAUCUCCACAGGAUUACAGUUUUCCAGUUGGCUCUAUCCCAGCUUACUACACGGUGCCGCCUGCCUACCAACCUUACCUCGUUCAGCCACAGACCAUCCAACAACCACCUCCUCCCCUUGCUUCAAUCGCUGCUCUCCCCACGGCCGGCCACGCUUCUAACAUAUCAAGACCGUGUCCCACAAAAUCGUCAAGGAAAAUCCAAAUCCCUCAUCCGUACGCCCGUCUGUUCGCGAAGAAAGACGAGGUCAAGCGACGCAAGAUCUGGAACCACGCGCUCGAAAAAUCCAUUUUCACUCCGUACGAACUGUCGACCAUUGGCGCGCCUCAGCGACGCAUGGUAUAUAUCUCGAGCCUAGAGGCCCACAUCGAUCGCCUCCACACUCAACUCCUCCAAUUGGAUUUUUGGCCGGUCGACUUUGCCGAACUAGAGCCUUUCAAAGGCCUAAAUUCCAAGACUGCGAAAAGCAUGGUCGCAGGCCUGCAACACGACGCCUCCGUAUCCAAACUCAAAUUACUCGAACUCGAACGAGCGAACGGUGAUCUCAAAAGAGCCCUCGAGAACUUUCCCUCAGAAAUUUGA